ACUAAUUGCAGCGUCAAACUCACCACCUCACCUAGGUCACCGCACCCCAAAUCAGAUUCAACUCCCAGAACAGUCACGGAUCGACGCGACCUCUUCACAGCCGACAUAUUCGUCGCAAGUGCGCGCCUGAAGAGGCCCCGAGCAAGGACCCCCGUCUGGGAUUCUGGGUCGUCACAUGGAGGCCAAGCAGACCGCGGACGAUAUUCCCAUCCAUUCCAAGGGGUCUGGAAUCCACAGGACUACCGCCUUUUGAACCAACAACAACAACAGAAAAUGUCCUUUGACGGAUUCAACUCACCGCCACGAUCCCCCAAACGGCGAAGAAUCUUGGCUUCUUACAACCCUGUUCCUGUUCCUGUUACACCUGCAAAAAGCGAUGCUGAGGCCCUAGAUGGUAACAGUGCAAGGGCUGUUGGUGGUGGGGGUACUGCUGCUGGUACGGUCAGGGGCCGGUCACGGUCAACUUCACUGGCGGCUGAGGCUCCAAAGGACAGCAGGUCGGAUAGGGGUAUUAGCCAUGACCGCGAUGAUCCCAUGACUGGGGUUGGGGAGGAUAUCGUUGGUGGGCAUGAGGAUGGGGAAGGUGAGCGUGAUCGUGAACGCAAAAGGGAUAGGGAGGCUGAUGGGGACCAGGAUCGGGAUUCUGAAGGGAGGAGGAGGGAGAAGAAGCCUAAGGUGACCAAGUUCCGGUUCAAGGACAAGGAUAGGGAAUCACGGAGGAGGAGGAGACGGUCACGGUCACGGUCGCGGUCGCCAUCACGAUCAAGAUCGCGCUCACCUAGAUCAGAUCGGCACCGUAGUCGCCGGCAUCGUUCCGAGGAGGAUGACCGUGACGGCCGGGAAAGAGAGCAAAGGAAUAGGAGCAGAGACCGCGACCGGGACCGGGACCGGGACAGGGAUCGGGAUGAAGAACCUAAAGACGGCGAACCCCGUCGCAAACACCGCCAUCGUCACCGUCACCGCCGGCACCGUCACCAUCGCUCACCCACUCCACAACAAGGACAGCCCGACCCCAAUCUAGACGACCCCUUCGCCGAACCCCCACUAGACCCCGAAGCCGCCUUCCGCGAGUCCCUCUUCGACGCCAUGGCCGACGACGAAGGAGCCGCCUACUGGGAAGGCGUCUACGGCCAGCCUAUCCACGUGUACUCAUCCGCGCGGGAGCGUGUCAACCCCGAGGGCGAGCUCGAGCGGAUGACGGACGAGGAGUAUGCUGCGUAUGUCCGACAGAGGAUGUGGGAAAAGACGCACCAGGGCUUGCUGGAGGAGCGGGAGCGGAGGCAGAAGCAGAAGGAGGAAGAGAGGAGGAGGGAAGAGGAGGAGCGGAGGAUCGCCAAGGAGAUGGAGCGGAGCUUGAAGAGGGGCGAGGAGAGGAGGAAGAGGAGGGUGUGGAAGGACAGGUGGGAGGAGUAUCUCAAGGCUUGGGAGGACUUUGCUGCUGCUGCCGCCGCUACUACGGGAGGUGGGAAGAUUGAUGCGGAGAAAAUUCCUUGGCCUGUUAAUAGGGAGGUGGUGGGUGGGAAGAUUGAGGAGAUGGAUCCCGAAACGGUUAGGGCGUUUUUUGUGCACGGGAUAGGGUUGGAAGAGCUGGGAGAGAAGGAGUUUGCGGUAAGGUUGAAGGACGAGAGAGUCCGCUGGCAUCCGGAUAAGAUGCAGCAGCGGUUGGGAGGGGAUGUGGAUGCUGCGAUCAUGAGGGAUGUGACGGCGAUUUUCCAGAUUGUGGAUAAGCUGUGGAAUGAUACACGGAAGAGCUCAUGAUGGUAUAUUUAUAAUGGGACAAAGCUACAAGGCAUGGCAUGGCGUUAGGGUUGUUGUGUUGGAUCGUUCGUACGGUAGCUUUACUCCGGUUGAAUUUACGUUGACCGGAUUCGCACCGGACAUUAGAGUCCUAGUUGACGGAUUUUGUGACAUAGUUGAGGGCAUUAUGAUAAACGAUAUAGUGAUAUCAAUGGAAUGAUUCCAUCUACG